AUGAAGUCAGUCUCGGCCGCAGCACGCCCGCUGCAGCUGGCGGUCUCGCGGCGCGCAAGACCUUCGUUGGUCGGCAAAUCUAGCUUUAGAGCAGCAGCAGCAGCAGAAGAAACUCCUCGACGACGAUUUAUAGCUACGCAGACCUCACAGCCCCAAGGGCAUCAGCAGCAUCCAGACCCGCCGCCCGCGAUCGGGUUCGCGCCUCUCCCCAACCGCAGCCUGAUUGCCAUUGCCGGCGUCGACGCGCCCAAGUUCCUCCAGGGUCUGGUGACGGCCUCGAUUUACAAGCAGCCCGCCGCGCGGCCCGACGAGCCCCGGGAUGAGGGUUUCUAUACAGCCUUCCUGACGGCUCAGGGUAGAGUCCUGCACGACGUCUUUAUCCACCCGAACCCGCAAUUCCAUGGCCUCAGCGACGCCGUCAAGAGCAAGGGCCUGGCCCCGAACCACUCGUUUCUAGUCGAGGUGUCAAGGAGCCAGGUGGACGCGCUAUUUGCGCUCAUCAGGCGGUAUAAACUCCGGAGCUCGUUUGUGCAUCGAAAGGUCGAGCUCGAUGAAGCAUCGGUCUACUCGUACUGGAACGAACCAUUCUCGACUGAGGACAAAGGCAGCGGCAUGCCGGACGACCUGUCCAGGAAUGCUGCCGAGGCGUACAUUACGCACGAUUCGAGGGCGCCUGACCUUGGCUGGCGCGUUAUUACAAGUGGGAAGAGCGAGCUCCAAGUAGACGCGGAGCAGUGCCCGCGCAAGACGUACACGGUGCGGCGCUUUCUGCGCGGCGUGGCCGAAGGGCCCGGAGAAAUUAUACCCGACAAGACCCUUCCUCUCGAUGCCAAUAUCGACCUUAUGGGCGGCGUCGACUUCAGAAAGGGAUGCUACGUGGGACAGGAGCUUACGAUCCGGACCAAGCACCGAGGAGUGGUAAGAAAGCGGAUACUGCCGUGUGUGGUGUAUGGAGACGGCGAAUCCAGGCCGGAGGAGCUCGAGUACAAACCUACAGCACCGGGCCGACUCGGAGCAGAGAGCGUGCCGUCCAAGACGGACAUUGCACCCGUGAGCACCACGAAAAAGAGGUCAACAGGCCACUGGAUCAAUGGCAUUGGGAACAUUGGGCUGGCCAUGUGCCGACUGCAGCCCAUGACGGAUAUUGAACUGCCAGGGGAGAGUGCCGAGUCGCCUUCACCAUAUGACCCGAGCAAUGAGUUUAUACUCAAGUGGGAAACAGAGGGUGGCCAGCAGUUAAAGAUUCAACCCUUUGUGCCUGAUUGGAUCCGGGAGAAGAUCGCCCAAAGCGCCCAUAGUCGACCGGCGCAGUCAACAUAG